AUGAUAGUGGCUCAUGCAGAGAAGAAUAGCACCGCCAAGAAGAUCAGUGUGAUUCCAAUAGUGGAGGAGUAUGCGGAUGUGUUUCCAAAUGAAAUACCAGAGUUUCUACCGAGCAGGGAUGUAGAUUUCACCAUCGAUCUUAUCCUUGGAGCUGGCCCAGUGUCCAUGGUGCCCUAUAGAAUGGCCCAGCGGAAUCUUAGUCAGACCGGAGGAUGUGCAGAAGACGACGUUCAGGUCACGAUACGGCCAUUACGAUUUGUUGGCGUGUUCAUUGAUGACAUACUGAUAUACUCUGAAAGUCGGGAUAUACACGCAGAUAAUCUAAGAGUGGUGCUGGGAAUUCUCAAAGAGCAUAAACUGUAUGGGAAGUUAUCAAAGUGUGAGUUUUUGCUGGAUGAGGUACAGUUCUUGGGCCAUGUAAUCUCAACCCAGGGCUUAACGGUGGACCCAGCGAAGAUUGAGACAGUGAUGAAGUGGGAAAGACCGCAGACAGUUACUAAGGUGAGAAGCUUCUUGGGUCUGACAGGUUAUUACAAGCGGUUUGUGGAAGGGUUCUCCAAGAUGGUGAGUCCAUUGACUCAACUCACUAGAAAGGACCAGCCUUUCUCUUGGACAGACGAGUGUGAGGUCUGUUUUGAGGAUAUGAAGAAGAGAUUGACCACUUCACCAAUACUAGCUAUUCCUGACACCAUCAAGACGUUUGAGGUGUACUAUGAUGCUUCAUACUAG